AUGGAGCAUUUACCUGGAAAAUACGAAGUGCUGCCUAGGUCUUCCUCCGAUGUUCUUCUGUCUUCAACAAAGAGGAAAGAGGGACAAAGAGAAAAGAUAAUUAUUUCACUCGCUGAUUCAACUAUCUCAAAACCUGUUCCAGGGAAGGACCUGAUUGAGCUUGCACAAACGGGUUCUGGUAAAACUGGGGCUUUUGCACUCCCCAUACUCCAAGCCCUUUUGGAAACUCCACAAGCAUUCUUUGCCUGUGUGCUUUCUCCGACACGGGAGCUUGCAGUUCAGAUUGCUGAACAGUUUGAAGCAUUGGGAUCUGGCAUUGGUGUGAAAUGUGCAGUGCUUGUUGGAGGCAUAGACCAUGUGCAACAAAGCAUUGCCCUUGGAAAGCGGCCUCACGUUGUUGUGGGAACACCUGGCCGGCUUGUGGAUCAUCUGUCCAAUACCAAAGGUUUUUCUCUUCAUACAACAAGAUACUUGGUAUUAGAUGAGGCAGAUAGGUUGCUGAAUGAAGAUUUUGAGAGGGCAAUUGAUGAAAUUUUGAAUGUUAUUCCUCGCGAACGGAAGACAUAA